CUUUCUCCGGAAAAGUGCCGUGCAUCUCGCAUACGGGUUUAGAAGCGAGUGAAUGCCCGCGUUGUGAAUGAGCGAGUGACCCAAGACUUUGCAAGCUUAUACAUUACUAAUAUAAAUUGCUUAAUUAUUUUGAUCGCAAAACGUUUUUGUAAGAAUAAUUCUAAUUCAUUAUGUAUACACGCUGUCUUUUACUUUUACUGCUGAAGACGUGCUCGUACGUUGGAUGUAAUCCCACGAUUGGGGAUGUAGUCGUGGACAGAUAUUCGAUACCAAAACUUUGUCCAAGAGAAGUAAAAAGUGGGGACCAUGUUCGUUAUCACUACAAUGUAACAUUCCAAGAUGGAAAAACAUUCGAUUCAAGUUAUGAAAGAGGAGCGGCGUCGGUAGGACAGACAGGCCAAGGACGGCUCAUCGCUGGAAUCGACAAAGGGAUCCAGGGCAUGUGCGUCAACGAGAGGAGAAAAGUCACCGUGCCCCCUCACCUGGCUUAUGGCAGCCUUGGGGCAGGUGAUGUGGUCCCUCCCGACACCACUCUGGUGUUUGACCUGAUGCUGUUGGACAUGUGGAACAUGGCCGACCUGGUCGUGACUGAAACCCUCAGCACUCCCCUGGACUGCAAACGGUCGGUGAAGCGCACAGACUUCGUGCGAUACCAUUUCAAUGGUACCCUCCUGGAUGGGACACCCUUUGACUCAAGCUACAACAAGGGACAGACCCACGACAGCCUGGUGGGGGAGGGCUGGUUGAUCAAAGGCAUGGACGAAGGCCUCCUGGGCAUGUGCGUGGGGGAGACCAGGCACAUUAUUAUUCCACCCUUCCUGGCGUAUGGACAGAAAGGAUCUGGUAAAGAGAUCCCACCCCAUGCCACCCUCGUGUUUGACGUCCUCCUGGUAGACCUACACAACCCCAAGGAUGACAUCACCGUUGACAACCAGGUGGUGCCCGAGUCGUGCCCGCGCAAGUCGGUGGCCGGGGACUACAUUCGCUACCACUACAACGGCACCUUCCUCAACGGUCUCACCUUUGACACCAGCUACCAGCGGAACAACACGUACAACACCUACAUUGGCAUGGGCUACGUGAUCGAGGGCAUGGACAAGGGCCUGCAGGGCGUCUGCAUCGGGGAGAGGAGGAGGGUCAUCCUGCCCCCACACAUGGCCUACGGAGAGCAGGGAGCAGGUAAGGAUAUCCCCGGCUCGGCCGUGCUGGUCUUCGACAUCCAUGUCGUCGACUUCCACAACCCCAAGGACACUGUGGAGAUCCAGGUGACCCACAAGCCUGAGGUGUGCAACGUGACCAGCGAUGUGGACGACCUGAUCCACUACCACUACAACUGCUCUCUGCUGGACGGCACCCGCCUUUUCUCCUCGAGCGACGACGACAACCUGCAGGACACUGUGCUGGGGGCGGACAAAGUGAUUGACGGCCUGGAUGAGAGCCUGAGGGGCAUGUGUGUGGGCGAGAGGAGGACGGUCAUCGUCCCCCCCCACCUGGGUCACGGAGAAAAAGGAGCCACUGGUGUGCCUGGCAGUGCCGUGCUUCGCUUUGAGCUGGAGCUGGUAGACCUGCAGAAGGGUGUCCCUGAGGGGUACCUGUUCGUAUGGGUGGAAGAUGCCCCGCUGGAGCUUUUCCAAGCACUGGACGUAAACAAAAACGGGGAGGUUCCUAUCGAGGAGUUUGGAGCAUUCAUCAUGCUGCAGGUUGCAGAAGGUAAAGGACGCAUGAAGCCAGGGAUGGACCCGGAAGAGAUCAUUGCCGACAUGUUCAGGAACCAGGACCGCAACAAGGAUGGGGUCAUAGUUGCAGAGGAGCUCAAAUUGAAGGUGGAGGAGGACAAGGAGAGAAUGCACGAAGAGUUGUGAUGAGGGGAGAACACUCAUAUCGUGGUGUAGAGAAUCACUUCUCCACAGAACGGACCAGAUUCAGACUUAACACGUUCAAACCAAACUGGAGUCAACAAAACGCAGAUUUAGGUCUGUUCUUUUUAAGCGUUACUCCAUGUUACGGCAAGUUGUUUAAAUUCUGAUUCUGGCCCAAACUGAUCAUCAACUGAGCAUAGUGACUUAUCUACAAAAAGAAUUGACCAGGUAUUGAGGCAAAGGAAAGUUUGUAGAUCAGUCAGUCUGCAGUCAAACACGGGCAUGAGCACAAAUUAUAGCCCACUUCCAAUCAUCCACCUUCUUGCAGAGGUGUGCACUCAUUCCCUCCCCAAGCUUUUUGGAGUUUUAAUACAAAGCAUUGGAUCGAGGUGAAGUGCAUGUUUCAGUGACAAGGGUAGAACUAACAGAAUAUUCUCGAGAAUGGGACCACAGCCUCUCUCUCAGGGAUGGACCACACACACUUAGUCAGGAGGUAUUUUAUGCAUUGACAUUUUGUUUAAUCCAGUGAUACCUUUACAGGUGUCUGCCAUAUUAGAUGGUUGGUAAAUAGAUUCAAAUGAUUGAUGCGUCGUUAUCCAAAUAAAACCUAGCAGCAAAAUGUGAUACCUGUUCUUUUUGCAUUUCACCGUUCAUUUAUUCCAUAAGGAAUUUUAGAGUCACUUAUAAGGUCUGUGGUUUGUUAAGGCUUUGUCUGGCUCUGCUUUUAGAUAACUGUGUAUAUCUUGACAGGACAAGGAGACGUUUGUCAACAUAUUUGCUUCAGUUAGCAUUACAAAACAAUAUAUAUUUGCUUAUAUUUAGCCAAUAUUGAUAAAAGUCAAAAUGUCCUAUAUAUAUUUAAACAGUUAUCAAAAUGGCAUGUAAGCCUGAGGUGGUGUGACCCUCAGUUGGUGUAAGCCUGAGGUUGUGUAAGCCUCCUCAAAACCUUUUUUAGCAUGGAUCUACAAAUCCCCUGUGGAAGAAAUGAAUGGUGUAAGAACACACAAAACACUUUUCCAGUUGUGCCCUGAGGUUUUUAUGGGGUUAAUGACUCAUACUACUUCAGUCAAUCAUCUUACAGCAUAAAGUAGUUGUGUUUGCAUGAUUUGGUCAUGAUUGAUUGGUAUUUAAAAGAAAGUAUUGCUUUGACAAAUCAACCUACCAAACCAGCACCUUAUGUCUCUCAUUUGACAUUCACAACAAAUAAAACAAUUUU